AUGGACGAGAAUAAACCUGGAAGUUUUCCUACUGAUCACUCCGACUCUAGCACUAGUGAAGAAUCCGUUAAACUAACUCGCAGCUUGACAGAAAAGCGCAAAAACUACGUUCGCCGCGUAUCCACAAGAGUAGCCUACUUGGAUCCCAAGAACAUUAAACGGUUAAGAAACCAAACCUCCAUUUGUUCGUACAAAGCUGACGCUGCGGACAACCCCUACGCCACAUUCAGAUCUUGGAAGAGCUUUCGAACAUCUCAGGGUAACAUCACAAAGAUGGAUACAGAUUCGAAGUAUAACCUGACAGAUUCGUCAGGAAAUCUGUUAUCUAUGAAAGAUAUGCUGGACGCGAGCAGAGACAGCAUAGACAAUUUGAGCAUAGAUGAGAAAGCUGGGUGUGUAGAUCUGCCGUUUGAGCCUCGGGAGAAAGGGCUAUUCAACUUAUGUCUACUGGUGGGCCUGAAUUAUAUGACGGGACAGGCAUAUGUGAAGAGUGCUUUUCCAAGCCAGGUACACGUCCCGCCACACAUCGAAAACCUGGUCUUCCCAGAGACUAUGAGCGCUACUCCCAGAAGCGAGUGGUCGGUAGACGCCAAGAGCCAGCAGUGCUAUUCCUUGGUGCUGACUGAUGAACGGGGGGAAAGAGCUUAUGGAUACUGUCGGCGGGUGCUUCCCGAAGGUGCCACAACCUGUCUUCCACUGUGUUACUGCCUCAUUGGCAGGUAUAGGGCUCCUGGAUUUUACUAUAAGGUGCUAGAAGAGAUAGAGUCCCGCCACGGUCGGUCAGACUUUGAAAUCCACUCUUUACUGCAACAACUCUUUGACGCAGACUUCCCAAACCCUGGAGAAGAGAUAUCCAUUUGCUACACCAACACUCCCAACUAUACUAAAGAUAUAGAAGAGUGUAAGAGGAAGAGUCAGACUUUACCGGAGAGGAGACUGAUGGAGAAAGAGAAUUAUAGUGAUCUAGAGAAUAAUAACGGAGUUAAGAGUGUUAAUCUGAGCUUAGAUGUUCCUAGGAUCAAAACAAUAAAGAGGCCGAUAGAACCCAGAAUAGAUGAAGACAAUAUAUCAACAGUGUUAGAUGUACUUGGAGCGGGGCUGCUGAUCAAGGUCUUCGCUUCCCUACUCCUGGAAAGGAAGGUCAUCAUCGUUGGACAUAACAUGAGGGUGGUGUCGGCGUGCGUGGAGGCGCUGCAGGGCGCGCUGUACCCGUUCGUGUGGCAGCAGCCGCUCAUCUCGGCCGUGCCGCACGAGCUGCAGCGCGACGUGCUGGAGGCGCCGCUGCCGCUGCUGGCCGGCGCGCUGCACCCCGCGCCCCGGGACCUCGCCGACGUCGGCUUCGACGAGGGUAUGCUGAUCGACCUCUCACACCCAUCAAAGGUCCUAUUCUACCAAGGUGAUGAAUCCACCAUCCUUCCGACUUCCUGUUACAAGUCCCUGAAGACCUCGCUCCAGAUGGAAACCUCCAAAAACCGGGAGGUCCAAGACAACAAGACAAGAAACGUCAUGAUAUCAGAAGCAUUUCUGAGGUUCUUCGUCGAUAUCUUGGGUGAUUUCUGGCAGUUCUUCUCUGUGAGGGAGUUGAGAGAAGGGGAGCUUGGGAAGGGAGAUGUUGUUUUUGAUAAAGAAGCAUUUGUAAAGAACGCUUCGUCAAAGCAAAAUCAAUACUUUCUCGAAUGGUUCACGGAGACAGCGAUGUUCACACACUUCAUACAGAACAUGGCGGCCAGUUACCACCACCGGCUGAACGAAGCGCUACCCCUCACCAGUGUUAGUCGACACCCCCCUCCCUAA